AUGUCGUCUACCGCAAUCCCCAAGCGCGUUGCGCUCAAUCGCAACCCCGCUACAGAGUCCUCAUCGGCCAGCUCUGUCUCGCCCUCGCCAUUUGACAGCCCUCGCCAGUCCCCCUCCUCUACCUCCCUUUCCUCGAUGGCUUCGGAGCAGGAGGAGAGCAAGAUGCUUGAUACAUACGGCAACGAGUUCAAGAUCCCAGACUACACCAUCAAGCAGAUCCGCGAUGCCAUUCCCGCUCACUGCUUCCACCGCUCCGCCGUCACCAGUUUGUACUAUGUCUUCCGUGACCUGGUCAUCCUGGCAUCCGUCUUCUACCUCUUCCACAACUAUACCGUCCCCCUUCUGCCGGCCCGCGUGGCCCUCUGGACCGUGUACACCAUUGUGCAGGGUCUCGUCGGCACCGGUUUGUGGGUUCUGGCCCACGAGUGUGGCCACCAGGCUUUCUCCCCUUCCAAGGUCCUGAACGACACUGUUGGCUGGAUCUGCCACUCCCUCCUGCUCGUCCCCUACUUCUCCUGGAAGAUCUCCCACGGCAAGCAUCACAAGGCCACCGGCAACCUGGCCCGCGACAUGGUUUUCGUUCCCAAGACCCGUGAACAGUACGCCACCCGCGUCGGCAAGACCCUGCACGAACUCGGCGAGCUGUGCGAGGAGACUCCCAUCCUGACUGCCGGCCACCUUGUGGCCCAGCAGCUCUUUGGCUGGCCCCUGUACCUGAUCAACAACGUCACUGGCCACAACAACCACUCCAAGCAGCCUGAGGGCCGCGGUGUGGGCAAGCAAAACGGCUGGUUUGGCGGUGUCAACCACUUCAACCCUUCCAGCCCUCUGUACGAGGCCAAGGAUGCCAAGCUGAUUGCCCUGAGUGACCUGGGUCUCCUCCUCACCGGUACCGCCCUUUACUUCAUCGGCACCAACUUCGGCUGGCUGAACCUGCUGGUCUGGUACGGUCUCCCGUACCUGUGGGUGAACCACUGGCUCGUCGCCAUUACCUUCCUCCAGCACACCGACCCCACUCUUCCCCACUACCAGCCCGAGGUGUGGAACUUUGCCCGCGGCGCUGCCGCUACCAUCGACCGUGACUUCGGCUUUGUCGGCCGCCACAUCUUCCACGGUAUCAUCGAGACCCACGUGCUGCACCACUACGUCAGCAAUAUCCCCUUCUACAACGCCGACGAGGCCAGCGAUGCCAUCAAGGGCGUCAUGGGCAACCACUACCGCACUGAGGCUCAUACCGGCUGGACUGGUUUCUUCAAGGCCAUGUGGACCUCUGCCCGUGUCUGCCAUUGGGUUGAGCCCACUGAGGGUGCCACUGGUGAGAGCCAGGGUGUUAUGUUCUUCCGUAACACCAACGGCAUCGGUAUUCCUCCUUCCAAGAUGGUCGCCAAGGCUCAAUAGAUGUUGAGACCUGAGUGAGUGCUUGUUUUGGUUCGGUUCUGAUCAUGUUCUCUUUCUUUUUCCCUCUCGCAUUUUUCGGAUUCGAUUUAAGCUUUGAUGUCUUAUCUUGUAUACUUUGCGUAGAUAUACACAAGGUCGACACGAUUUUUUUUUUCAGAUUGUGCGGGAGUCAUAGAUGAAAUUUGAUGCUUUUCUUUUUCUUAUGAUUGUCGUUGCGGUUUCGGAUCUUCAUAUUGCAUCUCUUUGCCUUAGAUCCUUGGAUUCAUUAUCUUGUUUCUUCGGUGAGGCUUUGAGCAUGUCGGAAGGAUGUUGGGGGAAAGCAAGGAACCUGAUGAAAAGGGGAGAAAAAGACGGUCGAUGUUAAUUUAGAGAAAUGUCCAUAUAUAUGAUUGUGGUUAAUUUGAAGCGUGUUCUUCCUUUUCCUCUCUCUCUCUCUCUUGCACGCAUACAGAAAGUCUGGAGCAAACGAUCGAUAAGUAAGUGUGAUUCAGCAGUCAUAUUCGAGUGAUCCAUGGAUGUUCCACUUUCGGAUUCCAGCUCCGUUCUUUGUUCGAG